AUGCGGGAUUUCACUUUGGCCUAUAUAGAUGAUGUUAACAUCUACUCCUCCAGCUUUGAAAAACACUUGAGCCACGUGGACAUUGUUCUUAAGUUCCUGAGGCAUGAAAUUUCUGGCAAAGGUAUAACUCCUACUACAACAAAAGUAGCUGCUUCUGAUGAUAAUAGGCUUGAAGGCAUUGUGGAGUAUGUCAGUUGA